AUGUCCGUAUUAUUAGCUGUGCUGGCUGUAGUUGUGGUGAUCUUACUGAUGCUGCGGCUUUUUGCAGCAGAUGUAUAUGACGCGGUCAUCGUGUGGAUGACAGCGCGAUGGUACCAGGCUGUCUUUCAGCGCCUGAGCAAGGGCGACCGCAUCCUGGAUGUGGGCAUUGGGACGGCGACAGCCUUGGUUCGCAACAAGGCGGAGCUGUUGGACCGACGACUCUCUGUCGUGGGCAUCGACUACGAGGCAGCCUAUGUUCGCAAAGCGGAGGCCGUGCUGCGGGCCGAAUCUCUCUGGCGGCCAGCUCCUGCUGGAACCGAAGGGUACCGACAGGGAGAGUUCUACUGCCAUGUCUUGGAGCGUUCCAUCUACGACAACCUGUCUGACCUUUGUUUCCAGGUGGGCGACGAAGCUUUCACUGGCGAAGUUCCCAAAGAGGUGCCGGAGGAGAUGCGCUUUGAUGCCGUCUACUUCUCCGGUUCUUUUUCCGUCUUGCCUGACCCGCCUGCUGCCCUCAGGGCAGUUCUGCCUCUGAUGAAGCGCAACGGACGCGUCUUCAUAACACAGACCUUCCAGAAGAGAUCUUCGCCGGUGACGGCCUUCUUGAAGCCGCUGCUGAAGUACAUCACCACCAUCGACUUUGGCCAGCUCGUAACCGAGGCAGAUCUUGAGCGACUGAUCUCCAGCGCAGGGUGUUUCGAAGUCCUUGAGAACAAGCCCAUCCCCGGCUCCGUCUCGACCCAGCUCCAGACUGCCAGGCUUGUUAUUCUGAAAGCGGCGUCUUGA